AUGGAUGUGCUCACACCUGAACGGACGAAGCCUUGGAUCAAUACCCCGCUCAUUGAGUCGGCGACGCUCUCCCAGCAAGCAGGAUGUAGAAUAUUCCUCAAGCUUGAACUUCUCCAGCCAUCAGGCUCUUUCAAGUCACGAGCAUCCACUUACGAAAUUAUCAGGGGAAUUGGCAAUUUUAUCCUUUCAUCGCUGAAGAAUCCAGCCCACAAAAACAAGACACUGCACUUCUACAUUUCCUCUGGCGGAAAUGCCGGGUUGGCAGCCAUCCGCGCAGCCUGUGAUCUUGGCUACGCCUGCACGGUCGUCGUGCCACACAGCACAAAGCCAUUCAUGGUUGAGAAGCUACAUGCCUUGGGAGCAGCAGAUGUGAUCCAGCACGGAGCAAGUUGGUUCGAUGCAGACUCAUAUCUGAGAGAGAAUUUCAUCGAUAACCAAGGCAAUACUGCUGAGAAGGACACUGUCAACAUCUACAUUCCUCCAUUUGAUCAUCCAGAUGUGUGGGCCGGAGCGUCAACUAUGAUUGAUGAGAUUGCAGUGCAGCUCCCAUCACGGCCCCGAGAGCAGUUCAUGACUGUAGCGGGAGGGUUUCCUGCGGAUGCGGUGGUCUGCAGUGUUGGAGGCGGAGGUCUUUUCAAUGGAAUUGUUUCUGGAUUGGAGAAGCACAUGGAUGAAUUUGGGUGCGGUGCUGAUGUGGCUAAUACGAAGAACGUACAUGUUCUUGCGACUGAGACGAACGGAGCGGACUCGCUUGCUCAUUCUCUGCGCGAGGGCAGAUUGAGCUCUUUGUCUGCUAUUACUUCGCAGGCUUCUUCACUUGGUGCUCUCUGUGUGGCUUCAAAGGCAUUUUCCAAUGCUAAAUUUCCUCCGCGUGGUGUGCAGGUUACCAGCGUUGUUGGCUCGGAUGCUGAUGCCGCGAGAGGUGUUGUGCGACUUGCGGAUGAGACACGCCUGCAGGUUGAGCUCGCUUGUGGAAUUAGCGUAGAUGUUGCUGUUGCUGGGAAGCUGAAAGAGGUGGUGCCUGGUCUGACUCCUGAUAGUCGGGUUGUGAUUAUUGUUUGUGGAGGCAGUAACAUCACGGCCGAGAUUAUUGCCGAGUACAGAAAACAGUUGAGCGAGGGGUGGCAAUAG